UCCAUAAUCCCUUGCGUUCCCUGUGUUCUGGAACAUGAAGCUUGCAAACAUGGAGUUGUCUAUGAAGCCAGUGGUGUUAGCUGCUGGUUUGACUUUGGUCAUUGCUGUUGUUGGACUGGCUGCUUACUUUACCUUGGGAAAGAAAAAGAAGCUUAUUGCACUUGAUUCUCAGAAAAAGAUUCCUUUCGAACUCAUAGCUAAAGAGAUUGUUAGCCAUGACACAAGGAGGUUCAAAUUUGCUCUUCAAUCACCUGAUCACAUUCUUGGUCUUCCUGUAGGUAAUCAUGUGUAUAUUUCUGCAAAGAUUGAUGGUAACCUUGUUAUCAGACCAUAUACACCUGUGACGUCUGAUGACAACAAAGGAUACUUUGAACUAGUCAUUAAGAUAUAUUAUAAGGAUGUCCAUCCUAAGUUUCCAGAAGGUGGUAAGAUGUCUCAGUAUCUUGAAUCAUUAAAGUUGGGUGAUACUGUUGACAUCAGAGGACCAGCAGGAAAACUUGUGUACAAAGGAAGAGGUACUAUUGCCAUUAAAGAAAGCCAACGUAAACCAGAAAUCAUUCGGAAAGCAAAACACCUUGGUCUUAUUUCUGGGGGAACAGGCAUCACUCCUAUGCUACAGAUCAUAGCAGCUAUAGUCAAAGAUCAAGGAGACACCACUCAGGUUUCUUUACUUUUUGCUAACCAGACAGAAAGAGAUAUUCUUGUUCGCGAGGAGUUAGAGGCAUUGGAGAAAGAAGAGGGUCCUAAUGGCAGGUUUAAACUGUGGUACACUCUGGAUAGACCAUCUGAAGGUUGGGCUUACAGUUCAGGUUUUGUCAAUGCAGACAUGAUCAAAGAGCACCUUCCUCCCCCUGGACCUGACACUCAAAUCCUGAUGUGUGGCCCACCCCCCAUGAUUAACUAUGCUUGCAUACCAAAUCUGGAGAAACUUGGCUACACUACUGAUAUGUACUAUGCAUUUGGAUAAAUGUUAUCUUAGCCUAGUACAUUGAUUUCAAUCAAAAGGCUUUGUGCCUCCUAAGUUUUCAGACAUUCAAAAGUUUACAGGAAACUGGGUCGAGUUGGCAUUUCAGUGCAUUGUGGGAAUGUUUUACAGGACAUAUUUCCAAGAUGGCGUUUAUUUUGUCAUCUUAUACAGUCCCCACAAUGCAUCGAAAUGCCAAAUCGACCAAGUAUUUUCCUCAAUCUCGGAAUGGCUAAUAACUCGUAGAUAUUUAACCAGAAAAUGCAACUUUUUUCAGAAAUAAUCUACUCAAGAGCUACCGUUAUUUUUCUUACAGACUCAUUGGUGCCAAGAGCUAUUUUUAGGAGUUUUUCACAGAGAAAAAUCAGAAUGUGAAUAUGACCGCCACUACAUUAUCAUUUUUUUCAAAAUUCGUAUUAAUUAAGCACUACAUUGAAAUCAACUGACUCGAAUGAUAUUAACAAAGUUAGAAAGCUUGAGGUACAAAUAUUACAUUCUUUAAGAGUUAUGGAAUUUAAACGCUAGUCAGUCCACAGGAAGCCCAUGCAAGAUUGUAUGGGCUUCCUGUGGUCAGUCCUCAGUUGACCGAACACACACUAAUCUAAUAUGAUUCCAAAUAAUUUCACUGGAAUUCCAUAAAUAAAUAUUUCUGUUUGAUUUUCUGAUGGUGGUUAUUUUUUUCAAGAAAUCAGUUUUUAUUUUUCGAAGACAAUGGCGGAUAUUUUUGCAUAAGGUCUAUAAGAGGCAGUUCAGAGAGUUUUAACAAGGGAUAUCCAUGGUGACAUGUGUAUGCAGUAGCGUAGCGAGGGGAGGCACGGGGGGGCACGUGCUCCCCCAAAAUUUUUGAAAAAAAUUUUUUUGAAAAAAGAAUAACAACAAAAAAAACAUUAAACCGAAACGAAAGAGGAAAAUAAAUUAUUACAACCUACAAAAGUGCGAAUUUAUACGGAGUUAUCCGGACGGGCUGCCUGUGCACUGCGAGCCCGGUCAGAGCCUGGAAUCUGCACGUGAGAAUUUGAAAUUUUUUCUUAUUUUGGAUCAGUGCCCCCCCAGCUCCUAGGUCCUCGCUACGCCCCUGUGUGUAUGGGAAAACCAACACCUUCAAUCCAAACUUCGAAUCCGCCCCUGGCAAGGUUCAAAUCAUAUAACUGGAGAAAACUGUUGUCAAUUUUAAAUCUGACAUAAUUUAAUGUAGUGCUCAUCGAGUUUCUAUGUAGAAUAAACACAAAUCAACUUAA